AUGAAAGGAGGAAAAUCAAAGACUGAAACGAGGAGCUCCAAGCUCUCUGUGAACAAGCCUGCCAAGGGAGGCAAAGCCGCUGCUGCUGCUAAGGAUCCUAACAAACCAAAGAGGCCUGCCAGUGCCUUCUUCGUUUUCAUGGAGGACUUCCGUCAGACUUACAAGAAGGAACACCCCAAUAACAAAUCCGUUGCUGCUGUUGGCAAAGCUGGUGGAGAAAAGUGGAAAUCCUUGACAGAUACAGAGAAGGCUCCCUACGCUGAGAAGGCUGAGAAGCGUAAGGUUGAGUAUGAGAAGAGCAUGAAAGCCUACAACAAGAAGCUGGAGGAAGGUCCCAAGGAGGAUGAAGAGUCUGGGUCUGAAGUUAACGAUGAGGAUGACGACGGAAGUGAUGAGGAGGAAGAUGACUAA